AUGAAAAAAUUAAGUCUUCUAAAUAUUGGAUAGCUACUUAAUUAGAAUCAAAAAACAAGCAUUACACACCAUUCCUAAGAAUAAUCCAAAAAAUUUAGCAGCUUUGAUCUCAUAACCAAAAGUCCAUAUAAGAACUCUAUAAAUAAGCAACAUCUAAGGCAUCAUGCUAAAGAUUAUUUUCCUAUUACUACAAGACAACAUGAAUUCUAAAGUAUUAAAUCUCCUUCACAAACUACAAAGGCAUCCAAACAAUUCAGUAUUACAAAUGCUUUAUCAUAAUUGUAUAAAGAUGAAGUCAAGUAACCUGGGUCAAGUAGGAGAACAUCUAAAAAGAAUUACACAUAUUAGUUAAAAAACAUUCUUGUCAAAGAUAAACUAUCUCCGUUUGACAUUGGUUAAAGAAUUGCCACCCAAGUAACCUAACCUAACAUUCCUUAAUCCCCUAAAACUAAUUUAAAGACCAGUCCCGACGUUCGAUCAAUCUAUGGCGAUAAUAAUAAAUAAAAACUAUCAAGCAAAUAAAAAAGCCAAAAUACCACUGAAAGAAUGCUUCAAUUAGAAACUACCAGACAAAAGAUAAUUGCUCUUUAGUUAAAAAUAUAAGGAAACAUACAACAACGAUCAUAAAGGAACGUUAAUAAAAAUAAUUUAUUUGAUGAAAAAAAAUAACAACUUUCCUAAUCAAUUCAAUAAACUAUCUAACAAUAAUUAUAAAAACCCCAAUUACCUCAAAAUGCUGUAAAUGUGCUUAAGCAUUAUUUGGAUUAACUAUCGGAUUAUGAAAAGAAGGAGAUCAUUGAUUAUGAAACUAUCUACUAUCUUCCUCCUAAAAAUAUCAGAUUGUUGAACCAAGAUCCGAAUGAAGAUUAACAAUAUAAUAAUGGAUUUGAUAAUAGCAAUGGUGAUUACAAAUUUGUUAAAUAAGAUUAAAUUGCUUACAGAUAUGAAAUGUAGGAAAAAUUAGGGCAUGGAAGUUUUGGAUACGUUUUUAAGGUUCAUGAUCAUAAGCAUAAAUAAAAUACAGCAUUAAAAAUUAUUAAAAACAAGGAAAAGUUUUAUAAUUAAGCGUUAAUUGAAAUUGAAAUAUUAAAAGUAAUCAAUAAAGCAGAUCCUACAUGCUGCUUAAUAAAAAUGCUUAACUAUUUUGAAUUUAGAGGACAUAUUUGUCUAGUAUUUGAAUUGUUAAGUUGUAAUUUAUACGAAUUCAUAGCUAUAAACGAGUUUUCUGGCUUUGAUCUAGAUUUAAUAAGAAGAUUUGCUAUUUAAAUAUUGUAGGCAUUGCUGUUUAUGAAGGAAUAAAAUAUAAUUCAUUGCGAUUUAAAACCAGAAAAUGUAUUAUUAAAAGAUUUUAAUCGAUCCGGAAUAAAAGUUAUUGAUUUUGGAUCUAGCUGUUUUGCAAAUUAAAAAUUAUAUACAUACAUUCAAAGCAGAUUUUAUAGGGCACCUGAAAUUGUGCUUGGGCUCCCAUACUCAACUUAAAUUGAUAUGUGGAGUUUCGGUUGCAUCGUGGCAGAACUAUUUACAGGAUAAUCAUUAUUUCAAUCUAAAUCAGAAAAAGAGUUGCUCUACCUUUAAAUUAAAGUAAUAGGACAUCCUGAUAAACAAUUAUUAGAUCAUUCUACAAGAAAAUCUAAAUUUUUUGAUGAGCAACUUUAAUUAAACUAUAUCAUAAAUGAAUUAGAUUUAAUUUAAUAAAUUAAACCUUUAUCAUAAUUACUUGAUAAAUCAUCAGAAUAGUUUCAAGAUUUUGUUAAAAAGUGUCUAAUGUGGGAUCCUAAGUAAAGGAUGACUCCUGAAGAAGCAUUAACGCAUCCAUGGAUCAUAGACGGGUUACCUUCAUCAAUUAAAAAAUAACAUUUAUCAUAAAUGAAGCAUUACAGAUAACUAUAGACUGAAGGAAAUUUAGACUAUUUAAAAUAAUCAUAAGGAUAGGGAGAGUAAUUAGAAUGA